UUUACGAUUUAUAACAAUUUGUUUUCAGGACUGAGCUGUGGACACAGUUCGAGAGACUCAAAAAUAACUUGAGCAAACCUAAUAUCUGUAAAAAAUGACGUGAACAUGGGUACACGAGAUUCAAAAUGGAGAAAUACAUGUCCACGCGAUAGUAUUCGAAUCGACGCCAUUGGUACCAAAAUUUUCAAGUUCCAUAGAUACCAUGACGCGUCACUCCAGGAAUUGUACGGCGGGAACAGUAUACUCGUACCACGAACGACAGAAGGACACAAGUCAGUCAGGCUAUGGUUCAAAGAAGUCCAGACUCGGUAAAGACUCCAUUAAGGAUUUUGACUGUUGCAAUCUUACACUACAACCUUGCCGAAACCCAGUUGUAACACAAGAAGGCUAUCUCUAUGACAAAGAAGCUAUUCUAGAAUAUAUUCUGAAGCAGAAAAAGGAAAUUGCUCGUAAACAGAAAGAAUAUGAAAAACAGAAGAACAGAGAAAAGGAAGAACUUGCGGAGUUGGCUAAAGCUGAAAACGAGGCAAAGAAAAAUGAAUUCAUGAAGGCAAAUUCUCAAGCUCCAGUUGCUAAACAGAUGGGAGAUGGGCCAUCUACUUCAAGUAUUAGCAAUAUGCAAGAGGGUAAAAACAAAGAUCUUCCAAGCUUUUGGAUCCCGUCCAUGACCCCAGCAGCAAAUGCCACGAAAAUGGACAGACCUGAUGAAAAAGUCCGAUGUCCCAUGAGUGGAAAACCAAUCAAACUAAAAGACCUGUUUCCAGUUCAUUUUACUCCCAUCAAAGACCGUGAUGACAAAACAGCUUUAAUUGCAAAACAGGCCAGGUUUGUUUGCGCAGUAACAAAUGAUGUCCUAGGGAACUCUGUGCCAUGUGCUGUGUUAAAAACAUCGGGGAGUGUGGUAACUCUUGACUGUGUAGAAAAGCUUUUGAAGAAAGACAUGCUUGAUCCGAUAAACAACAAACUCAUGAAGGACUCUGACAUCAUUCAGCUAAAGGGAGCAUCUGGAUUUUCUGGAUCUGGACAUCAACUGGAGGUCAAGAAGGACGGAGCUGCAAUCAUGGCCUAGUUCUGUUUGUAGCUGGAGUGUGAGGACUAUGCUGUAGUGUAAGAUGUGACAAAGGAGAGGCUACCAUUUCUGUAUUCUUCACUUUACAUUAAUUCUGUGGAGUCAAAAUGAGGUUUUAUAUAGUUGUUCUGGACAAACCAAUUUGCAUUACCUUGUAUGCAUUUUAGACAUGCAUAUGUAUAUGGCAAUUCAUGGGGUUUGUCAAUCAAACAAACUUCGUAAUUAGUAAUUACCUACUUAAUUUACCGCCAGCUAUAAUUACCACCUCACCUUGAAAAUGUGGGGGAACUCUAGGAAUCUCAUUGUCCAUUAUUCUACUUUCUGUCAUCACAUUCCUUGUAACAUGAUAUAUCAAAUAUAUCGUACAUAUGUUGUUGAAGACACCUAGAGAUAGUGGGAUCAUGAGGUCAAGGUCACAACAAAGCUUUGUAUGUUGACUAUACAUGUAUUUUCUUUGUCAAAAUAUCAGUUCACUGUUGAAAAGUCUUCAACAUAGACCUUUCACAUUUCCAACAUACAUGUACAUGUAGGUAGUUCAACGAAAUUAUAGAAGAAAGACAUAUACAUACUUUGUGGUCUAAGGUCAAGGUCACAGGAGACCUGCAAUUUAAGAUUGAUAUUGUAUCAUUAUGACAAUAUUUUGAAAUGUAUUCAACAUACAGCUUUAAUAUGAUACAGAAAAUUAGUAACUGUUGUUUAUCAAAGGAAGCUGCCUAAUAAAGUGGCUGUAUGUGGAUUUGGUAUCACUUUCAUUGUGACAGCAAUAUCUGGAACAGUUUACAGCAAUAUCUGGAACAGUUUACAGCAAUAUCUGGAACAGUUUUCAACAAAAAGCUUUAUCAUUAGAGGAAGACACCAAUAGGUAGUUUGGUCUUAAGGUCAAGGUUACAGCAGACCUUCCCAUUAUGUUUACUACAACAUUUGACAUGUGACGUUCUCUGCAGGGCUUUCAGUGACUGAGUCAGUUUUCUGGUUAAUUCUUAGGAAUGGUGUGGAUGGCCAGUUUUGUUGAAUUGUUUGAAUUUAUGAUGAACAUGCAUAAAAUGAUAUUUUUGAAAGGUUUAUGAUACUGUUUCUGAUGGAAACAAUAUUGUGUCUUAGUCUGUUAUAUUAAGUAUAUAGGAGGUUCUGCUGAAAGGAAUUAACAUUUAAUUUAAUUGUUUUAUGUUAUCACAACAGCAUAUAUGUCAACAUUAGUAUUGAAGAGAAAAAUUGCAAACUCAGUUCUGUAUGCAAGUAAAUAUAAACACUUAACAAAAGGAUGUUUAGAAAUUUGUAGUGAAAAUUUCACAAUUACUGUGUGGUAAAUAUUUUUCAUUUCAUAGACAAAAUUUAAGGAUAUUAAAUGUUCUAUAUCUAUAUAGCUGAAUUUGUUACAUUAAUUUCAUGUAAGCCUUUGAAACAAAGUGUGACAUGUUGAUGUGGGUAAUUUUUGUCAAAUGUUUGUAAAUAAAUAAAUUCUUAUCGAACUCUU